GGACGAGGUCAUUUGAGUACAGCGUAACGAGCAUAACGAAAAGAGCGACUGAAGUUACGUGAACCAUGUCGACAAAGACCGCUCUCAAACAAGCAAGAGAACAGAUCGGAAAGAAGGAUUUCGCAGAAGCGGUCAAGUCAUGUCGACGAAUCCUCGAUUUCGAACCAGAUAACUACAAUGCGAAUGUAUUCCUCGGUCUGAGUUUGAUGAACCUCGGUCAAUUGGAUGAAGCAGAGACAGUAUAUAAAGCUGCAGUCGAGAAGGAGGCUGGGCAAGUACUGGCUUGGCAGGGUCUCUGGAACCUCUACGAGAAGAAACAGAACGUCGAAGAAUACAUUCGGACAUCCGAGAAAUUGAUGACAAUGUUCAUGGAAAGUGACGACCGCGACAAAUGCGCACAAACACACGAGAAACUCGCAGCGUUUAUCAAAGAACACGGCUCAACCCUGCAGCGCGUCCAGGUCCACUCCCUCAUCCUCCCAUCAUCACCAUACUACACUUUCCUGGAAGGUCGAGUAUUUCAGCCAAGCCUAACCCUGACGAGGAUAGUGGAGCUCUUGGAACCAUGGGAGUCCGACACAAUCAAACGCGAAAUCGCAAAACGCCGCAGCAGACUCGGCGCAAACAUCUCCAAAAUCAACGGCGAGGUCCGUCUCGAAGUUUUCGCACAAAGCAAGUUGGACGAAUACUACCUACAACUCAUUGAUUGGACCGACGAAGACGAGAUUCGUCGCGCGACUGAAGUUAAGGUUUUUGAUCGGGCGUAUCAGGUGUUGUUGGUGUUACCCGCGGGUGGACAGAAAGAUGAGAAGAGAGCGCAGGUUGCGGAUAUGGCGAGGGGGAUGGUCAUCCUUCAUGCCCCCGUUGAGCUCGCAUGGAUGAUCCACCUCGAGUGGGCUGACGUAAGCGACAUCUCCCAGUUCGACGUCAAUGUUCUUCGUGAGUUCGUGGCGCUGUUCCCGGGUAACGGCCUAUCAAAGACGAUCGACGCAUACCUGACCUCCGAGUUAUCCCCUUUCCCUCCCGUCCCAGUCGUGGAAGGCGAGGAACCCCGACCACAGCUGAGCUCGGAGGAUAUCCUCGACGCGAUGCUCGACGCCAUCGCCGACGCGCCCAAAUCGCCGCUCGCGAGUAGGUUGUUGGCAGCAUACUACCUCCACCUCAAAGACUACCAAUCCGCAUCCGAAACCGCCCGGUCAGCGAUGGAGUCCGCUAAUCAACUCUCAUCCGAAACCGGAAUUUCACUGGCAAACACCCAGACAGCAUUGAUGCUGGUGUUAGGAUUAUCUUACGUGUAUUACCAAACACCCAAGAACCAUCCACAGGCAAAAAUGUUAUUCGAGAAAGUCUUGGGUGCGUAUCCGGAUUGUGUUCCGGCUCUUAUUGGGUUAGGACAUAUCCAGCGCGAAGCAGGCGCGGUUGGGGAGGCAUUGGAUCUCAUGCGUCAAGCUGUGGGGGUGGAUGAGUCGUAUAUUGAGGCGAGGAUGGAGGCUUCGUGGUGUGAGGUACUGCUGGAGAAUUAUGAAGAAGGACUGAGCGGGUUGAGGUAUUGUUUGGAGCAGUUGGAGGAUGAGUCGGAUUCUGCUGUGACGAGGGAACGGAAGGGUGAAUGCCACUGGCGCAUCGGACACGGGAUUUGGCUUUCGAAGCCGGAGGAGAGGGGGGAGAGGGAUGGGGCUUACGCGAGCUUCAUUACUGCGUUGAGGAAGAAUCCGAAUUAUGCGCCUGCGUAUACGUCUUUGGGUGUAUUUUACGCUGAUGUGGUGGGCGAUGAGGAUCGUGCGCUCCGAUGUUUCCAGAAAGCGUUCGAGCUCGAUGCGGGGGAAGUCGACGCAGCUGAACGACUCGCCUCAGGCUUCGCCGAGGUUCGGGACUGGGAACUCGUCGAAGUCGUCGCACGACGUGUCGUCAGCUCUAACCAGAAACAGAGUUGGCCACAACGCGCCCUCGGUGUCGUCGAGCUCAAUAAACGAAACUACAAUAAAGCUAUUGGACAUUUCCAGCAGGCGUUGAGGGGGGAUGUUGGAGAUGUCAAUUCGUGGGUUGGGUUGGGUGAGGCGUAUUCGUCUUCUGGACGGUAUGUUGCGGCGAGUAAGGCGUUUAAGAGGGCUGAGCAGCUUGAUCCGGGGAAUUGGUUCGCAAAGUACCUCUUUGCGAACGUGGAGAAGGAGAUGGGGAAUUACGAGGAAGCCGCUGGUGCGUUCGGUGCAGUCCUUGAGACGAGACCGGGUGAGUUCGGGGUCCUUGUUUCGUUGGCUGAGACGCUCGUUGCGUGGGCUUGGGAGUUGAUCCAGAACGGGUUCUUUGCGAGGGCGGCGGAGUGUGCGGUGAAGGCUUUGGAGACUGUGCGGAGUGUGGAGGAAGAGAAGAGGGUGGGGAGUGUGGGGUUGUGGAAGGUCGUUGGUGAUGCUUGUAAUGUGUUUAUGCAGGUGCAGAGUCAUGCGGAUGCUUUCCCUUUGGCGCUGUUGAAGGAGCUGUUUGAGGUGAAGGAGGUUGAUGCUGAGGAGGUGAUCGAUGGGGUUGCGGAGUUGAGUUUGGAGGAGGUCGGUGAUGUUGAGAAGGCGAUGAGAGCUAGCGUCGCAGCUUUCAAGCGCAAUGUCAAGGGAACCGCUGGAGAUCGCUACGCCCAUUCUGCUGCAUGGUAUAACCUCGGAUGGGCAGAGCACCGUCUUGCUACUCACCUCGGUGUCCCGGCAUCCAGGGACAGCCCCGCCGUCGAGGCCUUCAAGCAUGCCAUCAAGGGCGAGGCUAAGAACGAGAGCUACUGGAACGCGUUCGGUAUCGUUCUGGGUGAGGUCAGUCCCAGUAUCGCACAGCAUGCGUUUAUUCGGGCAUUGCACCUCAACCCCAAGUCUGCCACGAUCUGGACGAACCUCGGUACGCUGUACCUUAUCCAGGAUGACUUGGAGCUCGCAAACGAAGUGUAUUCGAGAGCACAGUCGAUUGAUCCCGAAUACGUCCAGGCAUGGGUCGGCCAAGCUUUCGUGGCCAUGGCCCUCGCCGAAGAAGACGAAGCUCGCGAUCUCUUCGAACACGCCGUCGAAAUCAGCGGUGCGAGCUUCAUGACCGCAAACUACCACUUCGGCACAACCGUCUGGGCCCAACUCGCUGCUGGAAAGAAGGGAGUCCGUGGUCUCACUUCUCCCAUCUUUGCUCUGCAAAAGUUCGUUGAGCAGAAACCGUUUGAUGCGUAUGCGCUGCAGUUACAGGCGCAUUUGCUUGAGCGUGCGGGUGAUUAUGUUAGGGCUAGUGAGAGAUUGCGGAAGGCAUGCGAGAUCUUGGAGGCUGAGUAUGAGCAGACUGAGGAUGCGGGUGUGUUGAAGAGGUUCGUUGGGUGUAAAGCUGAUCUCGGAAGGUGUCUGCUCGCGGUUAAGGAGUAUGAGGCAGCCGUUGAGGAAUGCACCACCGCUCUCGACCUCAGUGCUAACGACGAGAAGACGUAUGAGAAGGCUAGGUUGAGUGCGCAUCUGUCUGCGGGAUUGGGGCAGUAUUGUUUGGGUGCGCUGCAAGAUUCGUUGGCCAUGUUCCAGCAAGCCCUCACGGAGGCGAACGGUGACCCAGACGUCGUUGUCCUACUUUCGAAAGUGUUGUGGGCGAUUGGAGGAGAGGAGGAACGCGAGGUUGCUCGCUCCCAGCUCUUCGAGAGUAUCGAGGCGUAUCCUGAGCAUCUCGGUUCUGUUCUCCUCCUCGGUACCACGGCUCUUGUCGAUGGGAACGAGGAUGUCCGGGAUGCCGUGCUAGCUGAGUUGCAGGAUGACAAGUUCUCUGCUGAUCGACGGAAGAAGCUGGAUCCCAAGUAUGAUGUGGAGAAGUUCCUGGCGGCUGUUGCUGUCACUCAAGGCAAAGACCCGAAGAGUAUCUGGAUGAAUGCGUUACAUGUUAACCCCGGUAGCACCAAAUUGUGGAAUCAUCUCGCGAAAACCGUGCCUGGAGAUGACGGCGCGAAGAUCAGGGAAGCAGCGAAGAAUGUCGCGGAGAAGGAAAUUGCUGUUAAGGGUGAGGAGUUGGCUACGGCGUACGAAGCUGCUGGGGAGAUUCAGAGGGGAAUUUGGGUUGCCCCGUGGAUGCAUGUGUAGAAUAGAAGACAAAGUAGAGCGUGAGGGAAUUGCCAAAAAGAGAGAGUUAUUGCAUACAAAAGCCACAAAGCAAAAGAUCACAGAUCGCGAGCCAGAGUCGACGGGUCUACUCCUUGUACACAACGCACUCGCUCUUUUUGCCCUUGACCAACAAGCUGAGCAAGUCAGGACGCGAGUAGUGCCCACAAGGGUCGGCCAUGUUCUUCGCGCUAUCAAUAUCAGUCAAGUCGAUUUCAGCACAGACAAGCCCCUCCUGUCCAGCAGGAAGCCUCUGCACCAUCGGCCUCCCAUCCGGCCCAAAGAUCAUACUGAACCCACCACCCGGAACCUGCAUCUGCUCAACAUGAUCAAUCCCCAACGUCUUCGCCCCGUCCACACUAACAACUUGGCUGGCC